CACUGUGAGUGCACAACCUCAGCUUGCACCUUAUAUAUCCUGCAGCAUCUGCAGUCAAGAGUUCAGUCGCAGGUUGCACUUCAGCAAGGAAGGUUAACGUGUCUGCUGGCCAAACUUCUCCUGCGAUUUUGGCCUAACUGAAGUAAACGCUGCCUCCAAGAUGAUGUCUCUUUGGAAUUCAUCGCAGCUGCUCUCAAAACGCUCAGCAAGACGUAAGUUUUACGACGGCAUCAGAGGCUUCAGUUUUAUUGUUGAUGGAAAAUGGAAGAGCAUCUCGUCGAGCAGCGCUCUUAAUUGGUGUAGGUUCUUCUUCGACGAUCUUCUUCGACCCGAGAACAGAGCAAGAACUGGGACUAGUGUACAAAAUAUCGCCAGAUCAGCUGUGGGCAACGAUGUUGCGUUGCGCCGAGGUGGACGGUGAAGAUCUGGGUGCUGUUGAUGUGUACAAAGUUCCUCUAGAGAGCAGCCAGAAGUCUCCAGCAGAGAACAGCGUCUUCAGCCUUAUCUUCGAUGCUUUUCAUAUGUUUGUAACCAUACGCAUUGGGCGAGCUUAUUGGUCUUUUGAGAGAUAUGCCGAGGGUAUUUUUGUACAAAGGAGCCGUCAUGCGGAUGCAGUUAUUAACAAAUCAAUGAAAAAAGACCGUGUGAAAGGUUGCUCACUGCUGCAGACAAGACGCUCAGAGAGUCUUGGCGUGAGCAACGAGCUGGACACCGUAGAAGAUCUCAUCUCAGUCCUGAAAAACGAGUUCAAUGCGAUAAUUAACAGCCAAUUUCACGUCUUGUUCAACAACUGCCAGCAUUUCGUACAAAAGUUCGUCCUUCAAAUGGGAUUCGAUUAUAAAAUGAGAAAUCUGUUCAUCCAGGAGUGACUUGAUAACAAAACUUCCUAUAUAAAGAAAGUGUUUGAAGAUGAAACAUUCCCUUUAUACGUAAACAUAUGAAAUGCCACAUUCAGAUAUUGGAUUCUAAACAUCCUACGUAGUUUUACGAAAAUGUUCGUUGUAAAUUUAGAAGUCUUAGCUCUGUCAUUUUUAUAAAUUAUUUUAUGAUUAAUGUAUACCUAAGACAAUCAGUUUUGAACGCGAUGCUAGGUGAGGAAUAAUAUCUAAAAACGGCUUGUGGCCAAUAUUAUUUGAUCACAGUGUCUGGAAUGUUUGAACAUUUUUGAAGAGUCAUUGCUUCGUUCGUGACACCUAAAAACUUAGCGAAGUACCUGCAGAUAAUUUCUAGUUUUGUUUGUAUAUUCACUGAUUUGAGAACUGCUAUUAAAAAAUGGGGCUAUUAAAUGAAAAACGGGCUAUAUUAAAUGAAAGGCUUGAAACACGUCUUCGAAUAAUUAUUUGGUUAUUUCAUCUAGGGUAACAAUCAAUGAGUUUCGCUUGAUACAAAGACAGAAAUACAGCGCAAUUUAAUGUGGGAUGCAAAAUAAUAAUAAAAAUGCUGAAAACGACUAUAAAUCUUAGCGCCAGUCGUUCUCGAAUUAAUGUUAAUAAUGUAUCAAGGAAUGACCACCUUGAAUUUCUCCCCAUCAAUAAUUAAUAUUAUUAACCUUGAUGUCUCGUGAUGGAUGGAGUGCGUUUCUGUAACGUGACGUAUAUUCUUUAAUAUUUAAACUCAUUUCUACAACUCAUGGUGCAGAAUAAUUGCAUGUUUUGGAAGGGAAACAUCAUAUAUGGAAUGAAUUUGAAUAAAAAGAGACAAAAAUGAGAGAAUCAGUGCGCUGACUGUAUGGUGUACGAUGAGAAGAAAAAUGUGGCUCCACAUUCUUGAUUAAGAAUCAUAAUUAUCGUUGAUCAUUGUCCAUUGUACAAAACUAUCUUAUUACAGCACAUUCAAUAUAUUCCAGGUUGGAUUUUCACAGCAGCGUAUGAGAGUUUCACAAUCAAUCGGGGCCAGCUGAAUUAUUCUUAUUUGGAUAGUGUCUUGAAGUAUGAAUGCGAUUAUGAGGACGUUGUCUUAAAUAAAUCAUUUUUUUAGGACAAUAAUUAUUUGAAUACGACAAUUUCCUUGCGAAUACUUCCAUGGAAUUAGAACUUAGGACA